CAGACUGGACCGUCAUGGCGGCUGUGAUGAGGCUUGUCAACAGAAGCGCUUUAUGUCCAGCAAUGGGUCGGCAGUACGUGGCUUUCAGCGCAGCAGCAAGGGUCAACGCAGCCGGCAAAAGAGCAGGUCAAACUCUUCCAGAGAAGGUGAAAAUAGUGGAGGUGGGACCCAGAGAUGGUCUACAGAAUGAAAAGACUAUCGUGCCAACAGAGACAAAAAUCCAUUUGAUUGACAUGCUGUCAGCGUCAGGGCUGUCGGUCAUCGAGGCCACCAGCUUUGUAUCGCCAAAGUGGGUCCCACAGAUGGCAGACCAGGUGGAGGUGAUGAAGGGGAUCUGUAGGAAACCUGGAGUGUCGUACCCGGUCCUCACCCCCAACCUCAAGGGUUUCCAGGCUGCUGUGAAGGCAGGAGCUUCAGAGGUAGCCAUAUUUGGUGCUGCAUCUGAGCUGUUCAGUAAGAAGAACAUAAACUGCUCAGUGGAUGAGAGUUUACAGCGCUUUGACGAGGUUAUGAAAACGGCUAAAGAGGCUGGUGUGCCAGUAAGAGGUUAUGUGUCAUGUGUUCUUGGAUGUCCGUAUGAAGGCAAGGUGGCACCUGAAAAAGUUGCACAAGUAGCUAAGCGUCUGUACUCCAUGGGCUGCUAUGAGAUCUCUCUGGGGGACACUAUUGGAGUGGGGACUCCAGGUAGCAUGAGUGAAAUGCUGGAGGCGGUGAGCAGAGAGGUGCCAGUUAAUGCGUUGGCCGUGCACUGCCACGACACCUACGGCCAGGCCCUGGCUAACAUCCUCGUAGCCCUACAGAUGGGAAUCAGUGUGGUAGACUCGUCAGUAGCUGGACUGGGCGGCUGUCCCUAUGCCAAUGGGGCUUCUGGGAAUGUUGCUACUGAAGAUGUAGUCUAUAUGCUGCACGGACUUGGGAUUCAAACAGGAGUGGACCUCUCAAAGCUGAUGGACGCUGGAGCUUUCAUCUGUCGAACCCUCAACAGAAAGACCAACUCCAAAGUGGCGCAGGCUACAUGCAAGCUGUAGACAAAAGCCAAACCACGGGCUCUUUUUCACAGACUGUACACUGCAACACAACCAUGUAACCUGGAGCAAUCAUCCUUUGUAUGUUCAGUUCUCCCUAUUCUAACUUUAGUUUUGAUUCAUCCUCUCCUGGUAAGAGAAUAUAAGAUUUAGAUGGUACUGAACCCUUCCACUGUUAGAAUAAAAUAUCAGAUUACAUAUCCACUACAUGAUAGCAUAGCUGAUACAGUGCCUUAUGUUAAGUCAGUCAGUAAUCAUACAGAUGGUGCCUAUUAAACGCCAUGCCUUUACCUGGUGCUUUAAUAGUGUGCUUACAUUCCUUUCUGGGCAGUGGGUAAGCCAGAGUGAAGCACAGACUUUGUUUAUAAUAAUAAAUGAACCAGUAAAAAUAAUGUCUUAGCGACGGGUAAACUCACUGUUGACGUCAGAAAAGACGGAAGUGUUUGUUUGACUUCUAUUAUCCUCUGUAUGCAGUGAUCAGUGUCUUCAAAUGAAUUCUCUAUAUAGGGAGCAUCUAUGGAAAUCAGUCCUUAUGAACUUGGGCAUUGUACUGGCUGUGUAUUUAUUUAAAAUAGCCUUUCUUCAAAUUCAACAUGUACAUAUCCAUUUAGAUUGUGAAUAUAAAAAAUAAAUAUUUCAUAAAUCAAAUGUG